AUGCCAAAUUCUGAGAGCGAAUUGUCUCGAGGGCCAGACGGCUUGAGUGCCGAGCAUGAAUCCCAUGAAGAUUCAAAUCAUCCACCGACGUCGAGAUUUCAUCAUGAGCGUCUUCAGCAUGCAGCAGCAAGUAUACGCCUCCUCAAAUUGGUAGCGGAAACCAAAUCGAGCGACAUGAGUUUCGAGCUCCGUGCCUGGCCAAUCGACAAAGCUCCAAAGUACAAUGCAAUCUCUUACACCUGGGGCGAAGAAACCACCAGAACUAUUGAGAUCAAUGGCCAGGCUCUACGGAUCAGACUUAACUGCUGCGAAGCGCUACGCCAAGCGGUCAACUAUGAUGCGGAGACCUACCUCUGGAUAGAUUCCAUCUGCAUCGACCAAGAGAACCUCGUUGAGAAGAGCGAGCAGGUACAUGGGAUGUAUAAAAUCUACAGGAACGCUAUGCAUGUGCUUGGUUGCAUUGGCAGGCAUGCUGAUGAGAGCGAGCAGCUACAGCAGUAUUGCAUUCUAAUGUUGGGGUCCGAUGAGAAGGAUAUGGUGAACGUGAGAACACCUUCCACCCAACUUCCAACAUUAGACCUACCAGRGAUUGCAAUGGCGUUUGCAAAAAGUACCGAUCGGGAGAGUAUCGCGAAUUUGCGGAGAAUUGCUGUUGCGUUCGCGAACAGACCAUACUGGAAUCGACUCUGGAUUGUACAAGAAAUCCUAGCCGGUUCACAUUCUGUACGCAUUCUUUACGGAGACACCUUCCUCUCCUGGCGGCAGAUAUCCACAAUGGUGGAAGUAGUGCAACUGUUGACUCCAGUCAGCAAUAAACAGCAGCUUAUAAGUCAAAGUCCACUUCGGAAAUUGAUGCACAUCAAAGCCAUGUGCGAAUUCUACGGAGGGACUGUACGCCUCUCUCAACUACUCCAAGGACUUUCGGAGACAGGCUGCACCGAUCCGCGAGAUCGAAUCUAUGGAUUGUUAGCUAUAAUAGACUGGAAGUCCAUGAACUUGGUGCCUAUUGUCCCUGACUAUGAGCGAACCGCCUGGAGCCUAGCAGUCGAGCUGACUUCAGGACUAGGAGCACAGUCUUGUAGUCUGGUCAUGAGCAUGCUGCAAAUUGGAUCACAUGUUCCCGAGAUGCAAGCUCUCAUCCAAGAACGUAGCUCGCCAUUCUUUGUGAUGAAGGAACGUGAUGGCGAGACCCUCAAUUUCGAUUUCGGCGAGGUCACAGCGACGCGCCUCUUCGAAGACGAUUGCGGAAACCUGCGCCUGGGUGAUGAUACCGGAUGGCGAUCUCGCUCAGAAGAUGAUGCUACUUUUUUGGAAUCCUACGAGCUGAUGAUUUCGUMUGAAACUGGACCCAACACCGCUCGCAAGCCUCGGAAGGUAUAUUUCAAUUCGCAGGCUGUUGUCCUCGUAUGCAGUAACACUCUACCAGGAGACUGCAUCAUUACUUCUCUAGCUUGGAAGCGAUUGUGUUUCAUUUGUCGUCCAGCACAGGACGAUGUCCUGGAUGUGAUAGGCACGGGUAUACUUUUCUCGGAGAGAGAUGGAAGGCAAUCGCACAAUACACUCUCCAGCGGCAGACCAGGUGAAAGGGUCAAUGAUACUCAAUGGCCCUUGCAGUUCCAGGCUGGUCUGCACAUAUCGACUACUCCAGAAGAUGUCAUGCUUUUCUUCCACAUGGACGCCGCUGCUGAGAAGACUUGCGAGCAGGCUGAUGUACAGCUGAGGAUCUUGCCCCUUCGGCCUGUUCUGGCUUCCAGGAGCGCUGCAAGGCUCAUAGCCUACAAUUGA